AUGGACCGCAUCGUGGGAUCUCUAGAUUGGGCUUCAAGUCAGCAGGAUGAGGAUGGGGCUGUGAACGUGCCAGCAGCCACCCAUCCGGAGCACAUGUUUUCCAGUUUUUUUCUUGACGAGGAGGAGUGUGUGGGGAUCCAGGGCCUGGUCAUGAUUCGCACGUCUAAGAAAAGUGAUCGCCGUGCAUCUCUCAAACUCGGCUGGAAGACGUGUGGUGGGCCGCUCUCGCUGGCUGGCUGA